CAAUUUUAUGUGAUAAAAUAUGCUCAUGCGUCAGUCAGGAACAUAUUCUAAACUUGAUGCACAGUCGACUGCUCACACUGCCUUGGAACCGGUUCAUGCCUUCGUUUCAGGAUAUCGAUCUUAUGCUCAGAGUUGUAGAUCAAUUCUUGCCCGAUUGUCACACAUUUUUGGAGCGAUUUUCAUCGAAGUACAUUGGUACAACCUAGUCCAGCAUAUCACCGCCAACUGCUCGCCUCAGGCCGCGUCCAAAGCGCACAGUGCCCUUCUACAUCUUCUAGUCAAACUUUCGAACGAACCUAACAUCAGACAGGUACGCCAAUAA